UAUAAUGGUUUCGAUUAAUUAAAGCUUUCAGAGAGACAGAGAGGGAGAAGGGAUUGUAAGAUUCUUGAACAGCUCAAAAAGAGGAACUGGCGAGCUUGGAGGUUGGACAGAAGAACAGCAUGAAUUCACCAUCAACACCGGAUGGUGAGUCGACUCGGAUUGCUAGUAGAUUAUCGCUGGUUGAUUCGUUUAAGGGAUGUGGCCUCAAAGGGAUGCGUAUCGCGAAGGAAGACCUUAAGAGGAGUAUUUUGAUCACUGAAUACCUUCGUCUUGCUAUGCGUGAUGCGAUUCGAUUCAAGAAUCCGAAUGCAGGUGAGCAACAUGCAGCGGAUGCGAAAGGGGAGGCAGCUCCGGAGGCGCCAAUGGUUGUGUUUGUAAAUUCUAAGAGUGGUGGUCGACAUGGUCUGGUUCUUAAGGGGAGGCUUCAGGAAUUGAUGGGUGAAGAACAGGUUUUUGAUCUUUCAAUUGUGAAGCCAACUGAUUUUGUACAAUAUGGAUUGGCUUGCUUGGAGAAUCUGGCUGCUCUUGGCGACAAUUGUGCAAAAGAGACUCGUGAAAAGAUGAGGGUUAUGGUUGCAGGGGGUGAUGGUACAGUGGGCUGGGUUCUAGGAAGUAUUGCUCAACUACAUAAGCAGAAUCGAUUGCCAAUUCCUCCAAUUGGAAUCAUUCCACUUGGUACGGGCAAUGACCUGUCUAGAAGUUUUGGUUGGGGUGGUUCAUUUCCUUUUGCAUGGAAAUCUGCUGUCAAGAGAUCUCUGUAUAAAGCUGUCAGAGGUCCUGUUUGCCGUCUUGAUAGUUGGCAUAUUGUGGUCUCAACACCAGCUGGAGAAAAUAUAGAGCUUCCCUAUUCUCUGAAGUAUACAGAGGAAUGUCCACUUGAUCAGGAUUUAGUUGUUGACGGCGAGUUACCUGAAAAAUCUGCUUGCUUUGAAGGCGUGUUUUAUAAUUAUUUUAGCAUAGGAAUGGAUGCUCAAGUUGCUUAUGGGUUCCACCAUUUGCGUAAUGAGAAACCGUAUCUUGCACAUGGUCCUAUAGCAAAUAAGUUGAUCUAUUCCGGAUAUAGUUGCACCCAGGGUUGGUUCUGCACACCUUGCAUCAGUGAUCCAAGUUUAAGGGGACUCAAGAAUAUUCUACGUAUGUAUAUUAAAAGGGUCAACUGUUCGGAAUGGGAGCAGAUUCGAGUUCCUUCAGGUGUUAGGUCAAUAGUUGCUCUCAAUCUUCAUAAUUAUGGGAGUGGAAGGAAUCCAUGGGGUAAUCUAAAGCCAGAGUAUUUGGAAAAGAGAGGUUUUGUUGAGGCCCAUGCAGAUGAUGGCCUUCUUGAAAUCUUUGGCCUAAAGCAAGGAUGGCAUGCUUCAUUCGUCAUGGUGGAGCUUAUCUCUGCCAAACAUAUUGCGCAGGCUGCUGCACUUAGGCUAGAAAUUAGAGGUGGGGAAUGGAGAAAAGCUUAUUUGCAGAUGGAUGGGGAACCAUGGAAACAGCCAAUGGACAGAGAAUUCUCAACAUUUGUGGAGAUAAAAAGGGUGCCUUUUCAAUCGCUAAUGAUAAAUGGAGAUUGAUUUUUCUGGCUUACCAUUGAUUUAGGGUUUACAUAUUGAAGUAAGUUCAAAAUUAAAAUUAAUUUUGGACACCAUGUAAAGCUAUUUAAAUUCUCCUUGGGCUUGUAAUUAAUGUUCUGCUGCUUAAUGACUAGUUUCUCAAAUACUGGUGUUUGUGUUUUUUUUUUUUUUGUGUGAAUUCUCCAUAUUUCUAUUUCAUUUUAGCAAAGAACAAUUACUA